AUGUCUCGCUGCUGGCCGUAUCCCCCGCCGGGGUUCCAGAAGAAGCCUCGGGAUCCGUCUCUAAGCAUUCCUAAGGAGACGAGAUCGGAGGGGAAAGAUAAAGAUCGAGACAAGGAUAAGAAAAAGAAGAAGAAGAAGCGGCAUAGGGAAGGGGGCGAGGGGGAAGACAAGGAGGAGCGGAAGCGGCGCAAGGAGGAGAAGAAGCGUUCCAAGGAGUCAAAAGAGCCCAAUGAAACUAGAGAACCCAAGGAUUCUAAGGAAUCAAAGGAAAAGGAGUCUAAGGAGAAGGAUUCUAAGGAGCACCGGAAGCAGUCGUCUGAAGACUCGGCGCGCAAGGAGAAGGAUGGGAACACGGAGAGGGGGGCGGGCGGGGAGAAGGGGAAGGGCGGGGACACGGAUAAGGGGAAAGGCGGGGAGAAAGAGAAGGGUGAGAAAGGGGAGGGUUUGCGUUUGGAGACGUCUCGGAAAGAGGAGAAGAGCAAGGGAGAGAAGGGAGAGAAGGGUGAGGGUUUGGGUCUUGAGACGUCUCAAAAGGAGGAGAAAGGCAAAGACAAGGGGGAUGACGGUCAGGGUUUGGGGAAAGAUCAGGGUGAGGGCGAAAAGCAGAAGAGUGAAUCGCGGAAAGAGGUGGGAAAGCAGGAGGAGCAACGGGAAAAGGCGAGUGGAGAGGGGAAGGAGGGAAAGGAAGGGAAGGAAGGGAAGGAAGGGAAGGAAGGGAAGGAGGGGAAGGAGGAGAAGGGAAAGGACGAGAAGAGGAAGGAGGAGAGGAAAGAGGGGAAUAAGGAGGAGAGAAGGAAAGAUGAGAAGAAGAAGGAGGAUAAGCAUAAGGAUGAGAAGAGGAAGGAGGAGAGGCACAAAGAGAAGGAGAAACGCAGAGAGGAGAAGCGACGAGACGAGAAGCACAGAGACAAGCAUAAAGACAAGAAGCAGGAUCGCAAGGCGGGGCCUCAAGGCAUGCCUAAUGGGGAAAACGGCAUUCCCCGCGCUCCUGCGCCCCCGGAUACACGUGGCGUUAAUGCAGUGGACACACGUGGCACUGGCACCACCACAGCUGACGCACGUGCUUCCAGCAAGCAGGAGAAGCAAGAUACACGUGCGUCUCAGCAGCAGCAGGACACACGUCCCUUUGCAACCCCAAGCGAACGGAUUUCCAAAUCAACGGACGGUAGCGCUCGGGAUUUGAGCUCAGCGCCAGGAGCGCCCAAGCCGCUGCACGGGUCCAUCUCAACCCCUGAUCUCCGUACAGGUCAAGAUCAACGGCUGCGAUCUUUGGACAGCCGGGGGCAUCACGAUUCAAAAUCAGAGGACGUGAGACUGGGCAACGGGAGGGGGGAGGUGCGGAGAGAAACUGAGGGGACCGAUAGGGAUAGGCAGGAUAGGAGAGAGGGGAAGGGACGGCAGGGAGAAGGAGGGCAUGUCUCCUCAGGUGCAGCUGUAAGAGCAACAUCAGAGCCUUCUAAACCUGGCGGAAAGCCGGGUUUAGAGGAGCUUAGAGAUGUUCAAUCUGCCGUGGAUUUGAGAGGAAUGGGAGCGAAAGGGGCUCCUGCUGCUGCUGCAGCUGCUGCGCCUGCCACUGCUGCAGCGUCCCCAUUAGGUGGAAGCAUCGCAACCACAGUACCUGCUGUAGUUGCUGCUGCACCGGGCGUGGCCGGAAUUGGAGAGAAGCGAGCAGGAGUGUCGCCGAGUGAUAAACCUCCUGUGCACGGAGCAGGGAGGCAGAAUGGGCGGGUUGGAGACCUGCUGCAGAGCCACAAGCGCAGCCACGGCAGCCAGAGCAGUCAGGGCAGUUUGGGAAGUCAAGGCAGUCACGGCAGUCAGCGGGCUGGGCAGGAGGGGCAAGCAGCAGGGCAGGGGGCAGGGGAUGGGGAUAAGGCAGGGCAUGGAAUUCAACCUAGUGCAGGUCCGAGUGCCUCUGCUGCAGCUGCUGCUGCUGCUCUGAAAGGGGUGGGGCGUUCUGCUAGUUUAGGAGGGGGAUCAGCAGCAGGAGUUGCAGCAGCAGCAGGGGCAGCAGCAGCAGCAGCAGCGACAGCAGCAGGGGCAGUAUCAAGGGCAGGAACAGGGGCAGCAGGGGCGUCGCCUGCAGACAGCAGCAGAAGCGGGGGCUUGUCUGGGGAGAACGGGUUCCAUAAACAGAGCGAUCGGAGAGGAGUGAAGGAGGGAAGGGAGGGAAGGGAGGGAAGGGAGGGGAAGGAAGGGAAGGAGGGGAAGGAGGGGAAGGAGGGGCGGGAGGGGCGGGAGGGGCGGGAGGGAAGGGAGAAGCAGAGGGAGGGGCGUGAGAAGAGGAAGGCGGAGCCUCCAGUGGUGGAUCAGACGUUCCUCGCAUUCGACAACGCCACACACGGGCUUGCUGAGGCGCUGGCUGAGAUGGAAGCUGAAGUGAGCUUCGCCGACUGGUUAUUGCCCGAGCCAGGGGCGGGUGCGAGAGGGGAGGGGGGUGCGGGUGCGAGAGGGGAGGGAGAGGGGGGAGUGAAAGAGGGGCAGAUGGUGGAUAAGGUCAUGGUAGACACGGCAAUGCGAGAGGUUUCAGAGGAGGGGAAAGCGGAGGAGGAUGAGGAGGAGGAGACAGAGGAGGCAGAGGAGGGGGGGGAGGGGGGGAAGAAUGAGAGAGUGGUGUGGGCGAGCCUGAGGUACCUUCCAGAGUUUGACGUCUGUAUACUGCCCUUCAUCCCACCCUUCUGA